AUGCGCCGCUGCGAUGGCAGCAUCUUCUUCAUCCGCAACACGACCACCGUCAUUGAGUGGGCGAGCCUCCGCGUUCUGAUAGACCCCAACUUCCUGCACGCCGGCAACUACAUACACCUUGGCCCGGGCGUAACGGCGACGCGCCUCAAGGACCUAGCCGUCGACCUCGCCGAGCUGCCGUCUCUCAACUACAUCCUGCUGUCCCACUACUACGAGGACCACUUCGACAAGCUCGCCGAGGCCUCGCUUGACCGGCGCGUGCCCAUCGUCACGAUGAAGGUACUGAAGGGCUGCAGAUACAUCUACAUCUCGGGCGACACGCUGUUCGUCGACGAGCUACAGCAGAUCCCACAGUUCCUGCACCACCAGCGCGUCGACUUGAUACUGGUCUACCUCAGCGGCACCACUAUCCCCGGCCCCCACAUACCGCUACUUAUAGUCGCGAUAGACGCCCCCCAGGGCGUGCGGCUAAUGCGGCUCGUCGACCCAGAGGUGACCAUCCCCGUGUAA